UUAAGGACAGGAGACAAUCAGUUCCAAAGCAAGUCACCACCUAAUACCGAAGACGUCUUCGAGCCGACAAGUGGACACGGCAGAGGACACCAUCUCACCAGCGCAGGCAAAUGUAUCUCUAAAACACAGUGGAGCUUUGGAGGGGGGAACACAUCAAAAGAGGGCAAGAUGGCCCAGGAUAUGACUGAGAAAGAGCUCCUAAAGAUGGAAAUAGACCAGCUGAAAAAGGAAGUGAAGCUUGAAAGACAAAUGGUCUCGAAGACAGCAAAAGAACUCAAGGAUUAUAUAGAAUCCAUGGCUGGAGAAGACCCUCUCUUAAAAGGUGUUCCAGAAGACAAAAACCCAUUCAAGGAGAAGGGAGGCUGUAUAAUAAGCUGACCCCGGCCCCGCCAAAAGAAGAUCAUUGUUGUGUCCUUGUACGAGAAAUACCAGGACUGUAAGAAUCUGUUUAGCGUAACUGAGUGUAAAUGAUCUUCUGUCGGGGGGCGGGGGGGUAGGACUCCUUUACUGGAGUUUCACAUAGAACAAAAGAAUUGGAAAGUGGUCUCCUCCAAAAGAAAAAAGGAAGGCGACAAUCUCUCUUUUAGGACCUCGCGUUCAAUUCCUUGGGUUGCUUCGAGAGGAAGGAUGGGAUAUAAAUUGAAUAAAUAAAAUAAAUUCCCAUUUUGUAAAUACAUCACCAGUUUCCCAAAGAAGCCUGGUUUUAAUUGCUGGUUUAGUUUUUUUGAGUUCCAUUGGGAUAUUAUUUUGUAUGUGUUUGGUUGUUGUUUUUUACUAGCUUCCCAAGAGAAAAAUGGCAGGCAAAGGAAAGUAUUCUUUGUGUAGGAUGCUUCUUCUUAAGAAGCGAGGGUCUUUUACAGCUGGGGUGGGGGAUCUGAAGCCCUUGGCCUAACUUCAUGUAACUUGCAGAGAUGGGAUAGCAGAGAGCGACAGAGAGAGCAAUGAAUUCCUGUAGUGCUUCAAACUCCGCCCACUUCUGGCCAUGACUCCACCCACUGUUGGCUGCACCCUCCCACUGACUUUUUUCCAU